AUUCCAGGAAGCGUCAACAUGUAGGCGUCUGGGAGCAGUUUGGUAGUUAUUAUCUUUACUUUGGAGGAUAGAAGGAACACAAUAACAGAUUUGAUCAUGGAGGGAACGUCCAAACCUGAUGCUGCAGCUCAGCCAUCUGUCGCUGCUCAGGUUCCUUUCAUUCACUUGUGCAACACUUUAGAGAAAAUCCAGAGGGCCAAAGUCCGUCCAGAAAAAUCAAAGAUCCUUCGAGAUUUUAUUGAGUCGUGGCGGAAUUUUCAUUCAGCCCUCCACAAAGAAAACCUCAAAACUACAGACUCCUUCUAUCCUUCCAUGCGCCUCAUAGUUCCCUCUUUUGAGCGAGAACGAAUGGCGUAUGGCAUCAAAGAGAGCAUGCUGGCUAAGCUCUACAUUGAUGUGUUAGGCCUCCCAAAGAAUGGCCCAGAGGCCAACAAACUACUGAACUAUCGCGCGCCGACCACAUCCCAAGGAGAAGCUGGAGACUUUGCUGGCAUGGCAUACUUUGUGCUAAAGAAACGAUGCACCAGCCAAGGAAACCUCAGCAUCAAAGAGGUCAACGACUUCCUGGACUCGGUGGCCAUCAACAACGCUGGCAAGAAGAAGGAUCUUGUGAAAAAGAGUCUGCUGCAUCUCAUCACCCAGAGCUCAGCUCUUGAGCAAAAGUGGCUCAUCAGGAUGAUUCUGAAGGACAUGAAGCUCGGGAUCAGCAAGGAAACCGUCCUCCAAGUCUUCCACCCAGACGCUGCUGAGCUCUACAAUGUCAACACUGACCUGAACAAGGUGUGCCAGCAGCUCCACAACCCCUCCGUGUCCUUAAGUGAAGUCUCUAUUGGGCUUUUCUCUGCCUUUAAGCCGAUGUUGGCAGCUGUGGCUAACAUCCGCAACGUGGAGAAGCAGAUGGGCAACAGUGCUUUUUACAUCGAGACCAAACUGGACGGGGAGCGCAUUCAGCUGCACAAGGACGGGGAUGUGUACAAGUACUUCAGCCGAAAUGCUCAUGACUACACGCAGUCGUUUGGAGGAUCGCCACUGGAGGGAUCACUGACGCCGUACAUUCACAACGUCUUUAAAAGCAACGUCGUGAGCUGCAUCCUGGACGGUGAGAUGAUGGCGUACAACCCGACGGCGGAGACCUUCAUGCAGAAAGGGAGCAAGUUCGACAUCAAGAGGCUGAUGGACGACUCCGAGUUACAGACGUGCUUCUGCGUGUUCGACGUGCUGUUGAUCAACGGCCAGAAGCUCGGCAAGGAAACGCUGAAGAAACGCUACGAGAACCUUCAGACAGUUUUCACCCCAGUCAAGGGACGGAUACAUGUGGUGCCAAAGACCGAAGCCAGAACCAUGCAGGAGGUGGUGAACGCCCUCAAUGAUGCUAUUGACAACAGAGAGGAGGGCAUCAUGGUGAAGGAUCCUUCAUCUAUCUACAAGCCUGACAAGCGGGGCGAAGGAUGGCUGAAGAUAAAGCCCGAAUAUAUGGACGGCUUGAUGGACGAGCUCGACCUGCUGAUUGUUGGCGGCUACUGGGGGAAAGGGAGACGUGGUGGGAUGAUGUCCCAUUUCUUAUGUGCUGUUGCUGAAGCUCCAAAGCCUGGCGAGAAGCCUUCAGUUUUCCACACUCUCUGCCGCAUUGGCUCCGGCUACACCAUGAAAGAGCUGUAUGACCUCGGUUUAAAGCUCGCCAAGCACUGGAAGGUCUACCGCAAAAACGACCCACCGGCAUCCAUCCUGUGUGGAACAGAGAAACCGGAAGUCUACAUCGAACCCUGCAACUCCGUCAUCAUCCAAGUCAAGGCUGCAGAGAUAGUGGGAAGCGACAUGUACAAGACCAACUGCACCCUGCGCUUCCCCCGCAUCGAGAAGAUCCGAGACGACAAGGAUUGGCACCAGUGCAUGACCCUGGCAGAGCUGGAUCAGUUCCGCAGCAAGGCGUCUGGGAAACUCGCCUCGCGGCACCUCCACAUCGACGGCGACGAACCGCAGAAGAAGAAGCGCAAGCUGCCAGCCAAACCCAAGAGGGUGGUCGGGGUCAUCGACCACUUCAAGCCUCAGGACCUCUCCGGGGUUACCAAAGAGACGGAUAUGUUUGAGGACGUGGAGUUCUGCAUCCUGAAUGGCACCGAGGAUCACCCCAAGUCUGAGCUGGAAAAGGGCGUGGCCAGGUGUGGAGGUAUCAUUGUUCAGAACCCAGGACGGGACACCUACUGCGUGAUCGCUGGCGUGGAGAACAUGCGUGUGAAGAACCUGAUUUCAUCCAACCAGCACGACAUCGUUUGGGCCACCUGGCUGCUGGAGUGCCUGGACCAGAAGGAAGUGGUUCCAUGGCAACCCCGCCACAUGAUCCACAUGUCGCCCUCCACCAGGGAGCACUUCGCCAAGGAGUACGACAGCUUCGGCGACAGCUUCUUCGUGGACACGGACGAGCAGCAGCUGCGGGAGGUGUUCGGCCGGAUCGGCAGCGAGGACGCAGCGGCGGCCGUGAACGUCGGGCAGGUGGAGGAGCGCUACAGCUGGAGCGAUCUUCCCACCAGCAUGUUUAGACCCUUCACCGUCUACAUGGACAACUUCGCCGACAUAGGAGAUCCUACAAGUGCCAUAGCUGCCUCCUGUCUGGACAUCAGGGCGCUGGAGGUCCGCUACCACGGAGGGACGGUGGUGCAGAAGUUGGAGGAAGGAGUUUCGCAUGUCGUCAUCGCAGAGGAAAGCAGACUUCUGGAUUUAAGGACUCUGAGGCGCUGCUUUAGGAAGAAGUUUAAGAUCGUCAGCGACACGUGGGUGACGGAUUCAAUCGAAGCAGGUUAUCUGAUGAACGACACCGACUACUUGGUUUAAGGAGUCUCCUGGAGGUGCACAGAGUUUUACUGAACACUGGACAGAAAUCCUCUUUUAGCAUUUUAAUUAAGUCCUGAUAAGAUAAGUAACAAACUAUUUAAUUUUAAAAGUUGGAAAAUGCAGAGGAUGUUAGUUCUCAGGGUGAUGAUGACUGAGUGAGUUUUAUCUUUGUGUUCUCAGUGACGAAGGUUGCUUGUUUUAAACGAACUAUCUGCUGUAAAAAUCCAAAAAGCAAUGAUUGGUUUUUCAAAUUUUGAAAUGCAUUAUGAAGUAUUCAGAUACUAUUUUCACAUUUUUCCCCUUCAAGCCUUCAUCUGUGCAGUUAUUGAAACAUUUUUUGGAAUAGAAAAGGAGAUUUUUUAUUUUGCUAAAAAUGGAAGGUUUAAUUCAAGCAACUCUGAGCAUAAUAAUAGUGAAUAAUCAGCAUUAGUGGGCAGCAAUACUUCACCAUAAUAACCUCUCCAUUGUAAAAGGGCACUCUAGUUAUUAAGUAGGAGGACUUGUUAGAUUUAGAAAAUAAAGCUAAAAAUUAAAGCAACAGAGAUAUUUUGGCUUCCCAUAAUACAACUGCAAAUGUCUUUAAUUGGAUGCUUCUGGCCCCCAAAUACUCUUUUGUUUUUUUAAACCUAACAUCUUCACCUAAUACUCAAGCUAGUUUAGGCUUAAGUUAGCUCAGAUUUUUUAAAACUCAAAUUAACACUAAACUUUAAGGUAAAGUUAACCCAGACUUUAUUAAAGCUCACAUUGUCUUUUAUUUUUAGGCUUAAGUCAACUACUAUUUUU